AUGGCGACCCUCGCGCUGGUUAGCCGUCCUGCGGGUGUCCUUCCCAAGCUUUCCAGUGAUUGCUGUCCCCCUGCUGCAGUUUCUGCCUCCUGCGUAGGCUCAACCCAGCAGAGGAAGCUGCACCAUGCCGUCAUCCCCAAAGGGAAGGGAGGCCGCUCAUCGUCCAGCGGCAUUGCCGCCACUGUAUUCGGUGCUACUGGCUUCCUGGGUCGUUACGUGGUCAGCCGGCUGGGUCGGAUUGGCUCUCAGAUCAUAAUCCCUCACCGCUGUGAUCAGUAUGACACAAUGUAUUUCAAGCCUAUGGGGGACCUUGGACAAAUCAUUUUCAUGGAGUGGGAUGCCAGGAACAAAGACUCCAUCAAACGAGCUUUGGAGCACUCCAACGUUGUCAUUAAUCUUGUGGGAAAAGAGUGGGAAACAAAGAAUUACCGCUUUGAGGAUAUCUUUGUUGGCAUCCCUCAGCAGAUUGCUAAGGCAACCAGAGAGGCUGGCAUUACCAAGCUCAUCCACGUGUCUCACCUCAACGCCGACAUUCGCAGCUCAUCCAAAUACCUGAGGAACAAGGCUGUGGGAGAGACGGCAGUGAGAGACGAAUUUCCUGAUGCCAUCAUCAUGAAGCCCUCAGAAAUGUUUGGGAGGGAGGACAGAUUCUUCAACUACUACGCAAACAUGCGUUGGUUUGGUAAAGCCAUUCCACUUAUUGGCCUCGGCAAGAAGACCGUGAAGCAGCCUGUUCACGUUGCCGACGUGGCAAAGGCCAUUGUCAGCGCCAUCAGAGACCCGGACGCCAACGGCAAGACGUACGCGCUGGUCGGUCCCAACAGGUACCUUCUACACGAUCUGGUGGAGUACAUCUACGCCGUCGCUCACAGGCCCUUUGUGGCCUAUCCCCUCCCCCGCCCAAUCUUUCACCUUGCUGCUCGAAUUUUUGCACUUAACCCUUUUGAGCCUUGGACAACCCCUGACAAAGUAGAAAGGUUUCACUUAACUGACAUGAAGUACCCAGGACUUCCCGGUCUGGAGGACCUUGGUAUUACUCCUUCCACCGUAGAGCAAAGGGCAAUUGAGAUUCUGCGUCGCCACCGCCGAUUCCGUUUUCUGGAAGCUGAUCUGGAUGCAACAAAGCCAGCCAAAACCGUCAACUACUAA